UUCAUUUCUUAUUUUCCCCAGGCAAAAUGUCCAUUGACCGAGCUUUGAGGAAGCAGCAACAGUUAAACAACCUUGUUUACAUGGUGCUAAAUCAAGCCAAACCUGGUGACAGAAUUGUGGAUUUCUGCAGUGGCGGGGGCCAUGUUGGAAUUGUGCUUGCGCAUAUGCUGCCUUCUUGCCAGGUUACAUUAAUAGAAAACAAGGAAUUAUCACUAAUCCGUGCCAAGAAGAGAAGUGACGAACUAGGUUUAAGCAAUAUUUGGUUUAUUCAAGCAAAUAUGGAGUAUUUUACAGGAAUGUUUAACAUUGGGGUCGCGCUGCAUGCUUGUGGAGUAGCAACAGACAUGGUGAUUGAGCACUGCGUCCAAACACGGGCUUCUUUCAUCACGUGCCCCUGCUGCUACGGGUUCAUUCAGAACACGUCCAAGUUCAACUUCCCAAAAAGGUGAACUUUAGCUUUUUACCUAAG